CGGACGGUUCGUGAAGUUCACUAUGAUGUCUAAAUUUUCCAAAUCAUUGGAAGCAAUACCUCGCCAACGCAGCUUCGCCUGCCUCUCAUUGAAGUUUGGGAGUUUAUUCUCUGGAUUAGCUAUAAUUUUAUAUUCAAUACUCGCGCUCGCACAAUGCAUCGUUGCGUUCAGCCAUUUGCCAAAAGAGUUUACUUCAGAUGACUUUAACAUUGUCUUUACUUACGCUGUGUUAAUUGGAGUUACAUUCACACACGCCUUGACUUUGUUCCUGAGUGCCAUAUUACUCGUGGGAAUUAUCAGGGAGAAACUGCCACUAAUGAAACCAUGGAUCGUGUGGACGUCCAUUCAAGUGAUUAUGUCAGUCAUUAUGUUUGUUUUAUGGACUACCUUUAGUCUGGUGAAUCACGAAGGAAGUGGAUCAUUACUACUCUAUGUCAUAGAGUUCUUAGCUUUAAUGAUUCGUUUCUACAUGCUGAUGAUUGUGGCCAGUUUCUAUAAACAAGUAGAGGAAACAGGAGGAGAGACAGAAAGACUAAAGAAUAUUAACAUAGAUAGUUGGUAUACUGUUUGAUACUCCAUAUUAUGCCUAUUUGCAGUUAAAAAAUAAGCUAAAAAAAUAUUGUUUCAUUUAUAAGGCGAUUUUUUUUAUAAAUAGGUUUUACGGUUCUAUAAACUGUAACCAAAAUUUUGAUUAUCCUGUAUUUUAGUUUUUAUUAUAGUAAAAUUAAACAACGCAAGUAUUCA